GGUCGUUUUUCGUUCAUCAUAUUUAUUUGGUCGGUCGUUCGGUUGGUUGGUUGGUUUGUUGGGUGGAUUGGAUAUAAACGCGGAUGACAGACAGACAAACAGACCAAACGGUUGUUGUUUGGUUUUAAGAUAAAUUUUUUCAUCUUUUUUUUUGUUGCUGUUGUUGUUGGAUGGUUGUUGGUUGAAGUUGAGAGUUCACUGAUAUUAGAGAGAGAGAUAGUUAGUGUGUGGUUGGGGGUUCUAUUUUUUUUUUUUUUUUUUUUUGUUUGUGGUGUUUUCUGUUGGUUCCUCGUCUCGUUUAUUAUUGUGCGUUCUUGUUCGUCAUCAUAAUCAUCAUCGUCAUCAUUGUCGGAAUCUUUAUUCUGGAAAAAGAUACAACAACAAUAAAGUUUUUUUUUAUUACGAACCACACAGAGAGUGUGAGGUUUUUGUCCCCUAGAAUUUUUUUUUUUUGGAUUUUGAAGAGAAUAUUGUGUGUGCUCAAUUAAUUUUGGGUUUUUUUUUUCUGUUUCGGAUUCACACUUUUGUUGUGUGUCAUUUUGAGUGAUUCGUGUGUUUGUUAAUCAACCCAUCAAAAAAGUUGAGAUACAAUUUUUUGUGUGCCUAUGCCUACAUAUGGAUGGAUUCAAUGGAUCGUUAUAAUUAUUUUUUUUUUUUGUAUUUAUUCUUUAAUAGAGAGUUGUUUGUACUAUACAAUAGCUAUAGAAACAAUGUGACGGCGGCGCCGGGAAUUAAUGAAUAAUUACAUAUAAAUGUUAUUUUUUCACGGAUAAUUGAUUGUGCCAAUAAAAAUUGAAAAAAAAAAAAAAAAAUUAAGUGGUUUAAUAAUAAUAAUAAUAUCUGUGGUGAGAAAUUAAUUUUUCAAAAAUAUUUAAAAAAAAAAUACAGAUAAUUUAAUAAUAAUUGUAUUUGUGGUUGGGGAAAGAAUUGUAUUUUUUUCUUUUCUGAUUGUUGUGUUGGAUUUUUACCUACCUGCAUAAAAAAAAAUGAAACAUUAAAUUGAUGCUCUCUCGGAUAUAUUAAUUUAUAAAAUCAAUAAAACGAUUUAUAUGUUUGCGCGCCCAAAAGAGGAUUAAUUUAAAAAAAAAGAAGCAAACAUAUUACCAACUCAAUAAUCAACGUUGGACAGAAAUUAAUAAAAAAAAAAAAAUAAACAACAUAAUCGGAUAUUUAAUUUUGUUGAUUCCAGAGUGGUCUUUGACUGUGUGAUUUAUAAUUUUUGUUUCUCGCAGUAAUUAAGUCAAUGUCAAUAAUUUAGAUGAUGCCCGAAGUGGAUAAAGACAGUGUUGCCGAUGUGGUGAGUGGAGCACAUGCACCAAUUUUCGAUUCUGAAGCUUUAUACAAAGAAAACAAAAUAUUCUCCACCGAAAGGCUUACAAACGGAAGGACAAGCGGUGGUGGUGGUAUUGGCGCUAGUGGAGGCAGCACAGACGGUGACAAUCCAGAUUCCGAAUCAAUGGUUCAUCCAUUUGUUUAUAAAAGUCCUCUAACAAUACCACCCGCAAAAUAUAUCAAUAAUGCUCUGUCCAAUUUUGGUGCUCAAUCAUUGGCAUUACCAGUGCCAAGUAAAGACACACUAACAAGUUUAUUAAAUGCUGAACGACCACAAACAGCUCCGCUAACUUUUCAAAUGCGAAAUAGUGCCAGAUCAAUAGCUUCUUCAGAGCCUGAUGCUUAUGUUGGAUCUGCAACGAACAAUUUUCCACAGAUACCAACAGCAGUUGAUAGAAAAAGAGAAAAGUAUAGAAAUCUUAAACGCAAUGGUCAACUUAGCGUCGAUGAUAUAUUACCGCCAAAGCCUAAAGCUGUAAGUUUUCAACCCUCAAGACCGUCGAGUACUACGAUAUUAAAACCAUCACCAGAACCAAGUGAUUUGAGUGCUAUGUCGUCGAUAAGUUCCACAUGGCAUCCACAUGUCUAUGCGAAACCACCAAACCGGCCAACACCAUACGCCAUAGCUGAUAUCAUGGGUUGGCGAAAGGCGACAAAGCUGUCUAACGACUUGGAUCCUAGAACACCGUUCAUUUCUGAAGCCUUUGGAAUAAAAUCAGAUACUCCAUCGGAAGUGGAUGCAAGUCGAAUGAAAUCCCCACGGACUAUAUUGAAAACUUUUCAGCAACAAUAUUCUCAGCAGAUAAGUCGCUUUGAAGAAAGGUGCAACAGUCAUACGCGAAGCACUUCCCUCAGUGAGACAAGUGAGGACGAUAGUGGAAGCAUUGCUAAUGAUCAACCGCUUAACCUGUGCGUUCCGAAACAAAGUGAUUCGAACGAUAGUAGCAGCGUUACGGCGAAGUCUGUUGCCAAAAUUCACAAAAAAGACCUGCCUUCUAAACCGCAUGUGAAAAAGAAGAAACUCUCUACCGAUUCUAUUCCUGCUGCUGAAGUAAUAAAAGAAAAACAAAUUGAGACGACUGAAGAUGACUCGGAUUCAGGAUCGACAGAUAAUCGACGGAAAAAGAAGGCUCGUACUACAUUUACUGGAAGACAAAUAUUCGAAUUAGAGAAACAAUUUGAAAUUAAAAAGUACCUUAGUUCGAGUGAAAGGACUGAUAUGGCGAAAUUAUUAAAUGUCACAGAAACUCAGGUCAAAAUAUGGUUUCAAAAUCGUCGAACAAAAUGGAAAAAACAAGACAAUGUCACCAAUACAGAAGCAGCAGAGCAUAAGACUGUUACAUCAAAGAAUCCCGAAAAUCCCAAAGGUGGCGGCAAUACCCCACAAAAUGACUCAUCCACACAACCCAGUUCUAAAAAAUCCUCACAAACAAUAUCUUCGACAGCUUCAACUAAUGCUGCUGUUGUUGGAUCAACAGAAAAAUCAAGACCAAUUUCUGUUGAAUUAAGUGCGAAAAUCUCAGCAAAACAUUCAACAAAAAUGAAAAAUAAACUUUCACUUCUUAAUAAUACAUCAUCAAAUGGCGAAAAAUCAAGACCGCCAUCUGAAAAUAGCUCCUCAAAUGGUAAUAAACGUAAAUCAAUAGAUAUAAAUCCACCUCCGUCAUCGAUAUUAGAUUUCGAAUCGAAACUUUCGGUAUCGAAAAUUUCAACUCUCAAAACAGCUUCACAUGACGAGGAUACUCAUAUGGCUGAUGAUCAACUAUCAGAAAUUUAAAAUCUUUGUAAAUAUUAAAAAUUUUAAAUAAAUGUCAAUUUACAAAAAUGCGACAACCUAAAUAUCGAUCUUCCAUUUUAUAAUCCAAAACAAACAAAAGAAAAAAUAUGUAGGUAAUUUAAGAAAAAAAAAAAUCCUGAUUUUUG